AUGACUUACACUCAAUUGCUACCGUAUCUGAUUCAGAAUGGGACUGUCGUGCCAAGGGCAUUACCUCCAAUGCCGAAGCCGCAUAAGCCUUGGUAUAAUGAGAAUGCUAGAUGUGCCUUUCAUGCUAAUUCAGAGGGUCAUACAACAGAGAAUUGCAAAGUGUUCAAGCUCCGGGUCCAAGAGUUGAUAGAUCAGAAAAUAUUGUCUUUUGCUGAUGUUCCAAAUGUGGGGAACAAUCCUUUGCCUAAACAUGAUGGUUCAGGUAUCAAUGCUAUAGAAAGUUCAACUGAUGAUGGAUUGAUAAAGGAUGUGUUCAAGUUGAAGACUCUUUUAACAGUGGUCCAUGCUAGAUUAAUGGAAGCAGAAAUGAUGAAUGGAGUACAUGAUAAUUGUGUGGUGUGUUCAUCCAACCCUGAUCAGUGUGUUGAAUUCAAAAUUUGUCUUCAACGUUUGAUGGAUCAACGGGUUAUUCAGUUCACCAGAGCAAAGAUUGAUGAGGAUGUUGCUGUGAUUGUGCCUGUGUUUGAUCAGGAGAGGCUUCCCAAGCCUUUUGUGUUCCCUUAUCAGAGAAAUGUUGACCUAGAGCCAGUGAAGAAGAUUGAGCCCAUGGUUAUCCAUGUUCCCGCUCCAUUUUCAUUUGACAGUACCAAAGUCGUGCCUUGGAACUAUGAGCCUGUAGUUUAUGUGGGUAACAAACCAGUGAUCUUGAAGGAGCCAGAUGUGACUAACAUCGUUGGAGCUAGUGGUGUGACUCGAAGUGGAAGGGUUUUCGCUCCUGAAGUGAUCCCAAACAAAGAAAGUGCGCCAAUAGUUGAACCAAUGAAAGGGAAAGAGAUGAAUCCUCCAGAAGCAGGAGAAGGCUCAUCUAAGAAAGUAGCGAUUGCUGAAGAGGAUAGAGAAAUCUUGAAAAUCAUCAAGAAGAGUGAUUAUAAGCUCUUGAACGAAGCUUAUGUGGCAAAAGACAUCAAUGUUAUUCAGUUUGAUAAUGUGGUUGCUAAUCUCAAUGCUAGUAGUUGUUUGAUGUUCAUUGAUGAUGAUUUACCCCCUAAUGGGCGAGAACAUAAUAUGGCGCUUCAUAUCUCCAUUCAGUGUACAGAUGUUACUUUGGCUCGAGUACUGGUAGAUAUAGGUUCAUCCUUGAACGUGUUACCUAAGACUAUCCUAGCACAAUUGAAUAUUGAAGGGGUGCAGAUGAGACCUAGUGCUUUGAUAGUGAAAGCUUUUGAUGGGUCUAAGCGAACAGUUAUUAGGGAGAUUGACCUCCCAAUCCUGAUUGGCCCUCAAAAUUUCCGUAUUACCUUCCAGGUAAUGGAUAUUAGGCCUGCAUAUAGUUGUCUGUUAGGUAGACCUUGGAUCCAUGCUGCUAGAGUUGUCACCUCGACACUUCACCAGAAGCUGAAUUGGGGCACAUUGAUUGAAUUACCAAAGAAGAAAGACAAGUGUGGAUUAGGAUAUCAGCCGUCUAUUGAACUUUUCAAAGAUCAGAAGAUACAUCAGGGGAAGGUUCCUAGCAUCCAGGAAAUAUUCUCCAAAGCUGGUUUCCGAAGUGAUGAUCAAGUGAAUGCUCUUGAAGAUGAAGAUCCAAAUUUGUCCAAGAUGGUGUUUUGUGGACCUCCGGAUGUCGCUCUCACUAACUAG